GUGACGUGGUGACCUCUCCGCCACUCACCAGAGAGUAUUCCACAAUCCAACGUCCCACAAACUACGAGCGCGAAUUCAUACCGGAUUCUUUGUCACGAGUGGGCUAUAUUUGAAGCCCAUUGCCCCUGAAAGGAAAUUGAGAGCUGAAGAUGCCAGUAAUGACUACAAGCAUCAAUGACACGGUUCUUAAAGAUGUCGUUGCCUUUGUGGAUGUGUGGUCAUCCGACAAGAGAGCCAACUGUUCGAAACCUUUUAUUCAGCAGCUGCAGGAAAUGGGAGCUCAGGUAUCAAAAACAUUCAAUAAACAAGUCACGCAUGUGGUCUUUAACAAUGGUCACGCUGCCACAUGGAAGAAAGCCAAAAAGAAUCAUGUGAAGCUCGUCUCUGUUUUGUGGAUAGGAAGAUGUCACGACGACGGCGUGCUGGUAGAUGAAGAAUUGUAUCCUGCCCUAAAUGAUGAAAGCAAUCUGGUAUUAUGGAACAAGAAACAUCGUUGCAUGCUGCCCAGAGACUGUCCAGUGAGAACGGCAGAAAAUGACAGACGCAUGAAAAAGAAGUUAGAUAAACUGAUGAAAGACAUCAUCCCCAAGAAAACAAUGGUCCCAGAUGAUUCACCUAUUAUUAUUGAUGAAGACAGUGGAACUUUGUAUAGCCCGUCGUUUAAAAGAGCUGAAUACAUGGCAGAGCGCUUGAAACGCAUGAAAGAGCAGCAUGAAAAUAUCUCACCCACAGCCUCACAAAUGUCUUCAUCAUCACAAGUGGAGCCUCCACUGGGGAACUCACCGACUGUCUUCAGAUUUUUUUGUGAAAAUUCGGAUGAGGACUCUAGUGCAUCUGUUCCGGAGCUUGGUUACUCCCCUAACGAGAGUCAAGUAUGUAACACGAUGGAGCAAAACAAGCUGGACAAACCCUUCAGCAAGGACCUGGAAAAGCCUUGGCUCUCACCCUGCCGUGACAUUUUAGAACGCCCGUCCAUUAGUCCUUUGAAAAUGGUUGAAUUGACAUUGGAUGAGGAAGAAGGGAAUACACCAGGAAUGCAAAGGACAGCCUCAGUAACAGAAUCACCAAUCCAGAAAUCUAAAUCUGAGGAAGAGGAAACACCAGAAAAGCAAAGGACAGCCUCAGUAACACAACCACCAAUAGAGAAGCCUACAUUAGCAGGAGUAGUCUCCCAGAUGCCUUCCUGCAGUUCUCAUGUGGUGGACUUACUGGGUGACGCGCUAUUUAACGACCAAUCUAAACUAUCAAGCAAGCCAACACAAAGCAGACGUUCUCUUUCUGCACUUGCACACUCUUUUAGUUCAUCCAGCAAAUCUCACAAUCUUACCUUGAAUUCCCCUGAUGGAGAGGAUGAUGUGUUUGAUGACUUCUUCUCUUCAGCCAGUCACCACAAAAAGUUAUUUUUGCCCGUUUUGCCUGACCUGACAGAUAUUAACAUCUACUCUGAGUUGAACUAUGUUCCAAAGAAAGGAAAACAAAGGAGUUGGAAAAGUGCUGCUACAGAAACAAAGAGCUCAAAGAAGAGGAAAGUAGAGAGCAUUGAACACUGUUGCAGGCCGCAGUCUGUUGUUAAUGUCUGUCCACAAAAUAAUGUCAAAGAGAAUCUGCCUGCUUUCGAUCAUUCAAGUGGGACCCAAACACUGGCUUCCAAACGCGUAAGGCAAAGCACUUUACCAUUUGUAGGCAUCAGUGAAGACGCAUCAAGGCUUCCCAGAAAAUCUCUCUCGCUUCAUCCAACAAAGCCAACAGAGACGGUGUCAACCUUGGAGCUGGAAAAGAACUCUCGUCUUUGUCAUUUGUCUGACGGUUUUCAAAGAGGAGGAAGCGAAAGUACUGCUCCAGCUGCUUCAACAGAUGAAAACCACGAGAAGCCCAAUAAGCACGCCUGCUCUUUUUUUCCGAACAUCAGCAAAGCAAAGGCGGCAAGAACCCUGGUAAUGACGAGCAUGCCCACUGAGAAACAAAACAUAGUCGCUCAGGUUGUGAAGACAUUGGGUGGAUUUUCUAUCGCUGAUCGAGUUUGCCAAAGUACAACUCAUGUGAUUUCGGGGGAACACCGCCGAACUUUGAAUGUUUUGCUGGGCAUUGCUCGUGGCUGCUGGAUCCUCUCAUUUGAAUGGAUUCUGACAUGCUUGGAGCAAAGGCAAUGGAUUCCAGAGGAACCGUAUGAACUUUCCGAGCUGUUUCCGGCAGCACAGAUCUGCCGUCUUCAGAGGCAUCUAUCUUCCGGGGACCAUCACCAGCAGGACCUGUUCCAGGACCAACCGCCCAUGUUUGUGUCUCAGCAUUCCCAGCCGCCUGCUCCUAGUAUGGUAGAGCUGAUCCAGCUGUGCGGGGGGACAAUCUGCAAAACUGUACGUCAGGCCGGAAUUUGCAUAGGGAGGUACAACGGCAGAAGACCCGUGGGAUGUAGGAUCCUGUCUGAGCAGUGGGUGCUUGACAGCGUCACUCAUUUGAAACAGCUUUCAUAUGAUAAUUACAACUUGGCUUGAAAACUGCUCAUUAUGUUGCUGAAGAUGCUGUAUUUUCUCAAGUAGAUGGCUGCUUCGUUCCAAGUGCAUCAUCCUUUAUGGACAGAUCACCUAGCGAAAAUGUUUUGCCAUUAUGAAAACAAAGGUAGUAAGUGGAUUUUAUUGUAGUUUUUUUAUGCUAGACACUGACUUUAAUUAACUGCCUUACUUGGAUCGGGUGAACUUGAAAACCUCAUUGUUGCCGAAAGAAAUCUCAAGACAUUUUCCUAACCAAAACAGCUGCGCUUAGUGAUGCAUAUAUAGAUGGUCUCUGAAAGAAAUCGAAGUGUGUUGUCGCAUCUUGCAAAUGACUUUCCUGGACAGUUUUACAGAAGUUCUUUUAUUAUUAAGCAGAGAAGGUCUUCAGUAUUAAUUAGGGUUGCCGACUCGCCGUAGGCUCUGGUGUGAUGGUUUUAUAUUGAUCUGUACAUCCGUUUCUGUUCCAGGGAACGACAAAACUUAUUUGUUCAACACAAUCUGCUUCAGCUCUUGUAGCAGGUAAUACGACUGUCUUAAUCGAUUUUACCUUUGAGUUGUAUAUGUAUAUGGCAACGUACAAAUAGACAUGGUACCACUUCACUUAUUUUAAUGUCAAUAUAUUUUUAUGACCUUUUCCCACAUCAGUUAUUUUAAUCAUUUAAGCCACAAGCCCAUAUUGUUGUACAGUCAUUUAAGAUGGAAUUAAUUUUUUUGUUCAAUUUCAUAACCUGUGAAUGAGCCAGGGUCUCUGAUUCAACUUCAAAUACCUUCUGAGUUCUUUGUCACUUUUCAUAUUAGUUCACACUGUUUUCCUAUCUCCUGUCACAAGGGAAAAUGAAACAACUUAAUCAAAAUGUCUGUUUUUUUGUGAUUUUAAAAGAAGUCUGAAAGUAGUGCAAUCUCUGAAUGAUGAAUGACUAAUUAUGCCACAAAUGAAGUAUACCAGCCUGUCAGUUUGAAAAAUGAGCUUGGUGUAAAUUGAGCAAAGCAUUACAUCAAUAUGAAGGUGAAGAUAGGUGUAUUUUUGUUUUCACUCCCAGCCAUCUAAUUGAUAGACAGCACUCACCUGUAAAAUAGUUUCCUUGUUUGAUUUUAUCGCACAGAUUAGCUUUUCUUUUCUUUUAUAAAUUAUCAAAUUGAAUGGAUGAAGACAAAAUACAAUAGUGCAGUAUCGAAUAACAUCACCGUUAUAUUCGGCAUUGUGGAGACUGAUGUGAUUCGUUGUAAUAAAGACUUUUUAAAUUA